AGAACUACACCCAACCAAACCAAAAGAGUCACAAUUCGGGAACCACCAUAUUUAGUUAAGCAGGAAUUUUUCUUCUUCCCUUUUCACUUCUUCAGCCCUCUAGAGUUGCAUGUCUUGCGUAGCAAUGACAGGGAACUUUGGGUGGGGCUCAAACUCCAUGGAAGAGGUGUGGAGGAAAGGUCCUUGGACUGCCGAGGAAGACAAGUUGCUUAUUGACUAUGUGAAGUUGCAUGGGGAGGGAAGGUGGAACUCUGUGGCUAGGCUCACAGGGCUCAAGAGGAAUGGGAAGAGCUGUAGAUUGAGGUGGGUGAAUUACUUGAGGCCUGACCUCAAGAGAGGUCAGAUAACCCCACAUGAAGAGAGCAUCAUCCUAGAGCUCCACGCUAGGUGGGGAAACAGAUGGUCAACAAUUGCAAGAAGCUUGCCAGGGAGGACAGACAAUGAGAUCAAGAACUACUGGAGGACCCAUUUCAAGAACAAGGCCAAGGCCUCUCUGAACAACCCGGACAGGUUGAAAGCGGCGCGUAUUCUGCGGCGCCAACAAUUUCAUCAUCAUCAGCAACAGCAACAGCAACAGCAACAGCAACAGCAGCAGCAACAUCAGCAAAUGCAACAGCAGCUGCCCCAACAGCAACAGCAAUUGCAACUGACUCCGGUUGACAUGAGGAGCAUCCUGUCCCUGCUCGAAGAAAACAACGACCACCACCACAGAAUCCCGUACGCACCCCAAAUCCGACCCGAGAUCGCGGGGGCAUGUCCCAAUAACUUCGGCUAUGACCAGUGCUUGUUCUACUCUGUUUUCAAUGCUUCUCUUCCUGAGGCCUCGUCAUCAACAUCAACAAAUGAGGAUUUCUUGUGGGAGGAUGGCUUGUGGAGCAUGGAAGAUGUGCAUGGGAUCAACUGCGGCGCUCCUUAUGCAACAGGCAAAGCCACUAUGCACAAUCUGGUCGCUCCCUUCUGUUGAAAAUCUUUCUUGUUUUGCUGGGUCGUCAGUUAAAAUACUACUGAAGUACUAAUUUGGCUACAUUAUGGGAAAGGCUCUAAAGCUGGAGCUUUUAUGUUUGGUUGUCCGAGCUUUUAUGAAGAUUUGAGCAUAAUUCUGUAACCUGUCGAAAAAAAUAGUAUCAAAUUUUUGCUAGCAAGGAGCAUUUUCAAC